AUGGUAGAUGAAGCAGCAGAUGCUGUAGGCAGCGCGCAUGAUGCGCUCUCUGUCAUCUUGGCCACCGGCGGCUACGACAAUACGAUCCGCUUCUGGGAGGCUUGGUCAGGUGUCUGCAGCAGGACAAUCCAGCAUCCCGAGUCCGCGGUCAAUCGGUUGGCAAUAUCGCCCGACAAGCGAUUCCUUGCAGCAGCAGGCAACCAGCAUGUCAGGCUUUACGACGUGCAGCAUGCAGGCACAACCAACAGCUCAGGCUCAUCAAGCGCAGUCGCGAGCUUUGAUGGCCAUACGGGCAACGUCACUGCGCUCGCAUGGCACUGCGAAGGCAAAUGGCUCGUCACAGGCAGCGAGGACGGCACACUGAAGAUCUGGGAUACUCGGUCUGCCACAGUGCAGCGUAAUUUUGACCACAAGUCGCCCGUCAAUGACUGCGUCAUCCAUCCCAAUCAGGGAGAGCUUAUAUCCUGUGAUCAAUCUGGUGCCAUCAAAGUCUGGGAUCUCGGCGCAAACACUUGCACCCACGAGCUCGUACCUGAAGAAGAUGUGCCGAUGCGGUCCGUCUCAUUCGCCAGCGAUGGUUCAUACCUCGUAGGCGGCAAUAACAAAGGCAACUGCUACAUCUGGACCAUCCAGAACGGGCGUGACUUUACAGACUUGCAACCCAAGACGCGCUUCCAAGCGCACAACAAGUAUCUCAUCCGGUGUCUACUCAGCCCCGAUGUGAAAUAUCUUGCCACUUGCUCAGCAGACACGACCAUCAAGAUCUGGUCCCUCGAAGGCGGGCAGACCAAGCUCGACAAAGUCCUCGUUGGCCAUCAGCGGUGGGUAUGGGACAUGGCAUUCUCUGCUGACUCUGCCUAUCUCGUCUCCACGUCAUCUGAUCACACAGCACGCUUAUGGGAGCUCGCGAGCGGCUCAACGGUGCGGCAGUACAGUGGCCAUCACAAAGCAGCCGUCUGUAUUGCACUCAACGAUAUCAACAUCGGGCCUGAAUGA